AUGAAGUUGAUGACGGAGAUAGUAGGUCACCACAUCAAGAACGCCAUCACCAUCGGAUUUUCUGCCAUUGGAUGGGGAGGAGGACGUGGAGGAACCAUCCCGCAGUGUGAGAACGUAUGUACAAGAACAAGUAGCGUGCCCGGGACCAACGUCGUAGGAGAAGUUCAAGUGCCCGCAAACGCUGCCGGAGUUACCACAGUGGUGGCAGCCGAAUUUCUUCACGACCGAAUGGAUGUGAAGGAGCCAUUGAAGAAUUUCGGCUUACAGGGUGUAGACGUGAUUGAGAGAUUGACAGAAGCAGGAAUGGAAAUAAAUGACAAUAAAUGCGGGGAAGGUGAAGGAGGAGGGGAUGACGUAGAGGAUGACGUUCAGGAGCUUCUGGAAUUAGCUCAAAAUUUUGGGCUGGGGAGAUGA